AUGUCUAAUACCAAUACCAAUAUUAAUAAUAAUAACAACAACAACAACAACACCACUAACAACAACAACAAUAAUAGUAGUAACAAAAAUAGUAAUUCCAGUAACAGUAAUUAUAAUAAUAAUAUAGAGUCAGAUAAAGAUGGUAUACAACAACCAAUUUCAGAUUGGGUAUUGGUUAGAAACUCAAUUUCCUCUACAGCAACAACAAACAACACAAACCUAAAUGCAAAUUCAAAUACCAAUAAUACAUUAACGAAUACAACAACAACAACAACUACUUCAUUUGUACCUUUAAAUUCAUCAACGCCGACCACAUCUUUAACGUCAUCAUUUGCAAAUAUUCAAAUUCAACAACAACAACAACAAAUUAAUAAAGAUGAUAAUAAUAAUAUAUUAAAUAAUAAUAGUUUUAAACCAAUUAGUUCGAAUCCAAUUAAUAUACCAGGAUUACCGGGGAGGAAGAAUAGUUUUAAAAGUGGAAUGGAGACGUUUUUGGUUGGUUCGCAUACGGUAACUCCGACGGUAUCUCCGACUCGAUCACCGACACACAACCAAUAUCAAUAUACACACUCUCAUUCAGUACCAAACUUUAAUACUACGGGUGGUGGCUACGGCACCACUGCCAAGUCUACAACCGGUAGUUUGGGUGAAUCUUCUACAGCUCUUUACAAUCAACAGCAACUACAACAACAGCAGCUGCAGCAACAACAACAAACACUAUCAACAUCACCUACAACAUCAUCACUGAAUACCAGUCACGAUAAGAAAUGUUACUACUGCGCAAAGGAUCUCGAUAGGAAUCAACAUCAAUACGAGCACGAGAUCGUUGACAUCGCGCAGAACAUCGAACGUCUGCAGCAGUACAAGAUUCAACAGAAUUUUCUCCACUCGAUCACACCAUUCCUCUCGCCGCCCACUGUACUAUUCACCGAUGUCCUCAAAAAGUAUGCGAAAAUAUCAAUCACCAAACAAAAGAAUACACCACUCGGUUGUGAAUGGAGAAUAAUAUUGAUUUUCACAAAGAGUUUAUUAGAGAUUAUAAAGUUUUGUGAUCCAAUUAAAGCGAUAACAUUGUUAGUGUAUCAUUCAUCAUCACAGACACCACAGUAUUUCCAUGUAAAGAAUAAACCAAUCAUUAUCAACGAAGAGAAACAAUUCAUUGGAUCGGUCAAUCACUUUUGUUCCGAUCUACAGCCACUACUCCAGAAAGAAGAGAAAUUCUAUUUGGUCUAUCUUGUAAAUAACAUCAAACAUCUACUAUCAGUCAUACCCAAACAAACAAGAGAACUUUCGAAAUUGGAAAUUGAUAGAUUACAAAUUUUAAUGAAAAAAUAUCCAAAUACAUAUUUAAAAGAAGUUAUACCAUUUUUUAUAAAGAAUCUAUAUGUUGAUCCUUUGUUUUUCAAUUUGUGGAAUCAAAAUUGUAUACAUUUUAUCAAUACAAAGGAUGGAAUCAGUGGCGUUGGUGGUGGCAUUGUACUCUCGAAUCGCGAGGUACAACCCAUUCAGUAUUUCAACAGUAUAUUGCCAUCGACACUACCGACACAGCCGAUAACAACACCUCAUCAUAUCACCCUCUGUGGACCGUGUAUAUCGACACUCAAAGAGUAUCUCGAGAGAAUGAAUCAAGAGUUACAACGUGACUAUACAACCUAUACACAAUUCAUACAGGAUCAUAAUAUUAAUAUAAAACAAGAUAAUAAUAAUAAUGAUAAUAAUAAUAAUAAUAGUAACAAUACAAAUAAUAUUACAACUUUUAAUUCAAACAAUACAAACAAACAAUCAUUUACACCGAGUAUACAUAAAUCAAAAGAAUGGGAAGAUUUAUCAAAUCUUUCAAAUGAAGAAUUAGAUGCUCAAAUUAAAUUGAUUGAAUUGGAAGAGAUUGAAUUGAUGAAUGAAUAUUUACAGUUGGAGAGAAAUAAUAAUGAUGUUAUAGAUAUUAGAAAUAAACUGGAAGAUAUUCGUGGAGAGAUUAAAUCAGAGGAGAAACAACAUUACAACAAUGUCAAUCAUUUCUAUCAAGAGUAUUUCAAUCUACUUGGUCAAAAGAAGAGUUUGGAAUCACAGAUUGCCACGAUGAAAGAUGAUCUCGACAGUCUCUCUGAUUUGAAUAUCGUAAAGGAGGUAUUCCAAAUCACCUUUGAAAAGAUCGAUGAACACACCAUCGUCAAAAUCAACGAUCUUCGUCUCGGUACACUGCCCAAAAAUAAAGUGGAAUGGGAUGAAAUCAAUGGUGCAAUGGGUCAAAUAGUAUUGUUAGUACAUACAAUUGCCAAACAAUUAAAUUAUACUUUUACAAAACAUAAAUUAAUACCGAUGGGUAACAAACCGUUGAUUCAAUCAAAGAGUGAUAAAGAAGCGUAUCCUUUAUAUGGUGGUGAUGAUAUUUACUUUAGAUCGUUCAUUUGGAGUAGAGAGCACAAGUUUGACAUUGGAAUGGAGGCGUUCUUGGGAUGUAUCAACGAGAUGUGUUCGCUCUUUAAGAAUGUUGUAUUCCCAUUCAAAAUCGAAAAAGACAAGAUCGGUGGUAACAAUGGUUUUCAAUCGAUUAGGGUAACCGGUAAUUCCGAAGUCAAUUGGACCAAGGCUUUGAAGUAUAUGGUCACAAAUAUCAAAUGUAUAUUGACCAAUCUAAAUUUAUUUGGUCAACAGAUAACCAAUUCACCAACGACAACAACCACUACAACUACAACUACAACUACACCAACAAAAUAG